AAAAUGCCGUGACGUCUUGGGGUCCAACCGAAGACUGUUGUUGUAAUGGGUCGUUAGGGGGAAAGAAGGCAUCUUUUCACAUAUUUUUUCGUCAUUCAUCGCGUUUCUCACCCUGUGAUUUUGUAUUCAUGGAUGACUUUCCAGCUAAGAGAGUAACAACUUUAAAACUGGCAACUGUGUACUAGCUGGCAGUACUAGACCUAAAGGUAACUGGUAAACAGCAAUUGUCUGAGUGGACCCAAGUAUUGGCUAACAUCAACUUGCCUGGUAACCUUAAACUUCAACAAGGACAAGAGUUUGAAAUGGCUAAGGAAAUAAGACAAGGUAGAAGGGCUGGCAACUUGGCUGCUCAGUCAAACAACAACAAUGAGGGAGAUGAUGAUCUUCUAGAUGGGGAUUUUGGUGAAACUAGUGCUCCACCUCCAGAUGAUAUGCCUCCUCGACCCUCCAGAAGACAGGGUGGAUGGGCCGAUGACACCCCAAAGGAAAAGAAAAAAGGUGGUGGUGGUGAUGUCGAGGCUUUUGAUGAUGAUGAAAGGUUGAGGGUUGAAAAUGACAAGCCUAAAGAUGAGGAUAAUGAUAUUCUAGUUAUUCCUGACCUGGAGGAAGUUCAGGAGGAAGAUAUGGCAACACAGAUAGCAGCACCUCCAAGUGUUCAGGUAAACAGAGUGGCCACAUACAAAGAACUGGACAGCUACUACCAAAAGCAUUCAGCUCUUUUCUCCCUGGAUGGUGAUAUUGAUCUGAAGCUGCUCAGCAACGUCCUUUCUCCUGAAUCUGAAGUUUUUGAGGAGGAUAAGGCUUGGGAUUGGAACCGACUGUUCACAGAAAUUGCAUCUGAACUCCAAACAGAAUGGGAUAAAGCUGACGAGAAAUCAGAAGAAUCAGAGAAAACAUAAAACUUCUUAUGCACAUAAUGAUUGUACAUGUAUGUUCCAUCGGCGAUGCUAUUUAAAUGAGAGUCCUGCUAUGGAAUGUUGUGAAAUGAUGCACUAAAACCAUUUGAAAAGUUUUCGUCAGCUGUUAUUUUGUUAUUCUUGCCAAAAAAACAUUUUGGCCGAUUUUUUGGAAGCUGUUGCCUUACGUUUGUAUUGAAUUUGGUGAAUGAAAGCUAAAAAAUUUAUAGAUCCUUAAAUCAAAACAUUGACAAAUUUUGGCUGACUAUGUUGCAGUUGCAGUGCAUCUAGCUAAUUGUAUAUUUGUCAGGUGGAGGUGGUGGCUAAUUGUAUAUUAGCCAGGUGGAGGGUUUGAGCUCUUUCCAUAUACUAAGCAAUGAUCCUAGAGAACCUGAAAAAUGUCCAUUCAUAAUGUUUUAGUCUCCUCUUGUCUUACAGCAGAUCGUGAACUAAAUAAUACCCCACGAAAAACUCAGGACAGCCCUUUUUUUAUGCCUUUCUUGAGUAGUGGUGCAUAUUUCGCAUUAAGUUUAUUAACAUUAAAUUAUUGUAAUGUGAUAAUUUUCAUGAAUGUACCUUGCAUCUUUACAUAGACGGCCUAUAUAGCAACUCUACAGUAGUCUAUACAGAACUUUGUAUAUAGAAUUUGUACAAAUGUAUUUAUCUGACUGGAAUAAGCAAGGGUAGCUAGUAGCAGCUCCAUUCACACUUGAAGGGACAUAUACAAAGAUACAUAGGAGGGCUCGCUUUUCUAUGUUAUAGUUCGCGGUUUGCUAAUGUAAACGGUCAAGACUACUCGGGGACUAUAUGAAUAAAAGUUUAAUAUGAAUA